AUGCAACUUAGAAGCAACAUCUCAGCGCCAGUUCGCCUUGAGGAGGAAGACUUUUCUUCCAGGCGAAAAGGCAAAGGGCCAGCUCGUACAAGACCAGCCUACCCUGAUCUACUCAGAAAACAAGUCAUUUCUUUCGACCCGAAUAAUCCUCCAGCUGCCUUCCCAUCCCUUCCACUCACAGCCAGGAAAUCUCUUGAUGCCUCUCAAUUGACAGAGUCGUUGUCCGAGGAGGAGCUGAGCUUCUCGAUCGCUAAUUUGCGUAUCAAUCAGAAUGAGGCGCCAGGGGGACGGGCGCGGACACAACAAUGCCACGAGCACUUUGAUGUUCAAGACACAGCUACAAAUGACAACAACAACGGGAUGGAUCUUGAUGAUUUGUCAAUGGUUGGAGUGCGCACAAUUGAGCGAAUGGUAGACGAACAAGUGGUUGGACCCGACAUUGCUCGUGAACAGGAUCAAGGUCGUGUUACGCGGACUGGCCAUUCUAAUGCAUGGGAUUCUCUUCCAUUGUCUCUCCAGUACCAUAUCUACACACGUCUAUCAGAGGACCGUUCUUCGGAAGCCUUGGCCGAACUCCUUGGCUUGACAGAGUAUGAAUCCAGUCAAAUCCAACGGGCGGUGGGACUUCGUAGUCUACACCCGACUUCUGUUGCCGAGAUAUGGGAUUAUUGCAGACAUAUCGGUCCUGAAAUUCCCGGCCUUGAACACCCACCAUCUUUCAUUGAUUUGAAUGUGUUCAAGGAUUAUGUGGAUUACAUGGUAUUUGCCAGCAAUUACGAAUUUGCCUAUCCAUCCGAGCUUGAACGGGCAUGGGAAUUCCUACAGCAGCAUCAGAUACCGACAAGUGUGCUCGGAGUUUGGCAGCAAGAUCCAUCAGAUAUAAGGGACAGUGCGUUUUUCACAUACGUCGCCGAGAAUGAAAACAAGUCCGAGUAUGUGUCGUCCUGUGCAAGAGAGGAUUAUAUGGGAGAUCAGGGAGACAGUUUUGAAGACAUUCGGUCUGGAACACUCAACCGAGAGGUCAAGAAGCAAAUAACCGCAGCAAGUGGUACUGUCCAUAACUCAAAGAAAACAUGGCUCCAUUCACACUUCUUGAACGGAGCCGGACGGAACAAGCUAAAAGCUCGAAUAUUCAAGCAGCGUUCUCAAAAUACCCAUCGCCCACUCUCAGUCGUUACGUUUCCUAGCGAGCCGCCCAGUCCACCUUGCAGUCCGCCUCGCAGCAUACAAAAUGCCCCUGAUGGUGUGGAUCAACCAGGCCAAACCAUAGCGACAAGACUUUCUAAGGAACCAGAGUCUUCCCGUGACUUCGAGUGGGAUCAUAUUCUGAACACCCCAGUUUCGGCAAAGGUAUUUGGGAACAUGUCAAGAUCCAUGGAUGCAAUUGAUGGGCUCAGCUCUUGGGAGUUGGAAACCGAUCCACGUGUUUCUCUUCGCCAAAAUCAACGUCAGAUUCCUCCCACAAAUUCACCUGCCCGUCAGAAGCCCACGUUGAGCGGAAAUCUUAUAAAGACGAUUGACAAUCGGGAUUGUUAUCACAGCGAAGCAAAGGACUCUUGCGACCCUGGCACCCGGCGAAAGCGGAACUCCAACAGGACCAUCCGCCCUGUCGAGUCGAGGUUGAUCCGAAGCAUUGAAUCUUCUUCAGAAAGCCAGGAAGCAAUUUUCAAAAAUUGGAAAGGGGCGAAGAGAUCGAGGCUUUUAGUCAGAACACCCUCAUAUUCUCCUAUUUCAGAGAACGAAGACUUCGACUGGGGAAAGUCUGAUCCAUCAACUUCAUUGAGAGCUCUAUCUUGUUCCCCGAUUCCUGAGAACGAAGAUCUCGAGGAACUCCCAGGUCUUAUCCGAGGAGACCAUAGUCGCGCCCGUAUCAACUACGCAUACAGACUCGGAAAGGUCAAUGAGCCAACCCCUGGGACUGGCUGUCGAGGUUCUGUCGUGGAACCAAACCCUAAGAUCAAGCUGGUCAUGAAGAAUCUUAAAAGAAAGAGAGAUGCUGAUCCCGUUAGUCACGAAGAAAGUCUUAGCAAUUCCUUCAACAGCCCUCAAGUGACGGAGCGAAGGAGGUCCAAGACGACGUGGGAGGGUGAAGACUAUGAUGAGAGUCCGAAGAAGCUGAAGAUCAAGGCGGCGGCCAAGUCAAAGCCAAAGGCCAAGCUAGAGGCCGAGCCAAAGAUGGUCACGCGAGCAGCCAGGAGAUCAAUCGAGAUAGGCCUUUCAAAUCAAUCCAUGUCUGUUCGGAAGAGAGGUCCCAGAGGCCCUUACAGAAAGACACGGGAGAGAUUGGCUAAGCGGCAGGAUUGCAUCAUGGCUGACAUAGACGUGAGGACCGGGAAUGCAAUCUGA